UUUAGCCAAGCGCCUCGGAGAGUUUUGUUUCUCCUGAGGCUGAGGCUGAUUAUUUCCUGUUUCGGACACAAACUGCAGGAAAAAAGCUGAAAGCGGCAGUAGCCGGAUAGCAUUAUUUCGCAGCGUCAGAAAGAUCCGAAACUGGCGAGCGUUUGACUGUGAGGCCAUCUGGAGAGUGUUGGGACCAGGACGCAACGCCUCAGUUACACGCGCCGCCGAGUACAGCACAGUUUCAAUACUCAAUCUUGUUCAGCCUGUCCGAAUUACAAAGGGGUGGAGGUGUGAACACGACUUAGCCCUCUGCGGCCAUCCGACUCCGUGAGACACGCCUGGUGUGACGCGUGCGGCCCGCAGCACACAUAGCAAGCAAAGACAAGUAUUUCAUUAGUUUGUAACAAACACACCACGUGGCCACGCCGGGCCCGGAUACUGAGUAGAUCUGCGUAGAAAUCAGCAAAGAACGUUACGUCCCAGCGUGCCGGAGUGCGCAAGUCAUCGAGCUCGAUUAUCCAUCAGCCCCAGCCUGCCCAGGACAUCGUCAUCUCCGACUUGUGUCCACGAAAUGCUGUAGCGUGAGCGACGUGCAUGGAGAAACGGAGGAGCCAGAACCUUUAGUCCUGAUGACCAGACGAUACAUCGCGGAAAUAGCCCACAUAGCCUGGCAUCGGUGAUGUUCCGUUGAGAAUAGCGGACGUAUCCAGUUCAGUUUUCGUUGUCUUUGUUCCAAUCAGUUCGUCUGCAGUCAUGGAGUAUUGUGGCGAAUUGCUGUUGCUACUCCUGCUCGCAACGUCGUUCAUAGUUCCCGUUAUGAUGAGCAAUAAUUGUCAAGUGGAUGCCGACGGAGUACCAACCAACUCCGCUAUGUGCGCGGACGGUCACACCUACGUCUACUAUAACGAAGCGGGGUGCGACUUUGAAGGCGCUGUGGCGUUUUGCAAGUACAGGAAUGCCACUCUGCCUCUUCCGCUGAAUCAAACCAUUGACUCGUGUAUCCGGGAGCUUGAUUCCAGAAACAACAGACGCCUGUGGCUGGGUUUCAUGCGUAGUAGUUCGGGGCAGAACUGGAGUGCCGUGCUACCGAACAUUACGGGCGUAUCUGAUAACCUCAGGGGGGCUGACAAGAAAUUGUGCGUUCGUAUCCACACCAAUUACUUUGAAUGGAAGGAGGAAGAGUGCAACAAUGAGGACAACGUGAACGCUGUGGUCUGCGUCACAAGUCCGCCGCCAGUCAUGUGUAACGUGAGUAGCUUUGCCAAUGGCGUGGUUGUGCAGCAGAGUGACGGUACGUACAAGGUGUCCUGCACCAGCCCCGGAUACAGCCUGACGUCGGGCAAUUCCACGGUGACCUGCGGCGACAACGGAGUGUGGCAGGCAACCGGAUCAUGCGUAGUUGACUGUGGCAGCAUUCCAGCCAUCCCUAAUGGAAUUCUCUUGGAGACAACAGACAGACAGGCAGUUCCCGGCAGACGUGUGGGCUACACGGUUAUGCUGUCCUGUAACCCAGGCUACCAGCUAGCAACUCCUGCUGAUGGUAGCAUCACGUGCGGAGCGGACGGGAACUGGUCGCUCUCUUCGUCGACACCUUGCAUCACAAACCCAGCAACCCCUUCCCCGUGCACUGGACCGCUGCCAGAUGUAGUUAAUGGUGUUGUCAUGCCGCUGAAUGACAUGGAUAACCAGACACUGGUGGUGCAAUGCAGCGACGGUUAUCGGAUAAACAGCAGCAUCGUCAACACAAUGGGCAGCAGCAGCAACAGCAGCAGCAGCAGCAGUAGCAGCAGCAGCAGUGGUAGCAGCAGUAGUAGCAGCAGUAGCAGUAGCAGCAACAGCAGCAGCAGCAGCAGCAGCAGUAGUAGCAGCAGUAGUAGCAGCAGUAGCAGUAGCAGCAACAGCAGCUAUGGUGGCGUAAUUACCUGUGGGCCCAACCAGCAAUGGCAGCUACCGUCGCCGCCUGUAACCUGUGAAGAUGUGAAUGAGUGUUCCAGCAAUACGCAUAACUGCACUCCAGCGCAGAACUGUACUAAUCUACCAGGCUCUUUCCGCUGCGAUGGGGUUGCCUGUCUUUAUCGUGAGUUUGAUAACGGAUGCUGGCGCUACGCCACUGCGACAUCACACUUGGCAGAGGCAGCAUGCAGGAACGGCUAUCAACCACAACCGAAUAGCUUGUUUAUAUCUCAGUGCGACUUAACAACUUCGCUUCCGUCCCCUCCACCCAGUGAUUACUGCACAAUCGGACCGUGUGGCGAAGUCACUCCUUUGCUCAAUGGCUAUGCGCAGCUUAUAAAGGAAUGUCCUCCACCGCAGCGUGCACCCCAGGCCCAGGUACAGUGUCACCGUGGAUACUCUCCCUCAGUGCCAACGAUAGAAUGUAACGGGACUCACUGGCAGACAGUAUCGGAUAUCUGUAGGGAUGUGAAUGAGUGUUCCAGCAAUACGCAUAACUGUACUCCAGCGCAGAACUGUACUAAUCUACCAGGCUCUUUUCACUGCGAUGGGGACGUGGAUGAGUGCAACAUCACAGCCAACACGUUUCCGUGCCCCGACAAGGAUGGAGAGAUAUGUGUCAACACUCCGGGAAGCUUCUUCUGCAAACCAUUUUGCGAAGUGGCAUGUGGCGAUGCGUCCUGUGGCCUGGAUGCGAUCGGUAACUGGACAUGCUUCUGCAAUGAUAGCGCUCAAGUGUACAAUGCGUCGUUGCGCACCUGCCACUGCGGGACAAUGCAGCUUGAGAGCAUCGUGGAGGAAACUGAGCGCCUUAUAUGCAUAAUUAAGCAGAACACGACGUCGGCGACAACACUGAUGACGUUCCUGAGCAGCGAGACAGCCAGCAGUGAGGAGAUACUCUCGGCGCUGCGGGGUGCAUUGUCGGACCCGAUCAACUUGACAGCCAGAACUGUAGAACAGGCCAUUCAACGGCUGGUGAACUUGAGUUACUUUGACAGCAAUUUUACGGCGUGGAACAAUUUGGGAAAUCAGCUGUUGGACUUUGGCACCAACCUUCUGUUUCUGGGCGGCAAAGACGAGGCGGUUAUUACUCAGCCUCCGAGUGCCGGUUCUGGACUGUCGUUUGGUCUGUUCACUCUUCACCUGACGGAGCCGCAUGACUCGACACUAUGCCUGGAUUAUACAACAGACGGAACUGGAAUGGUCACGAUAAGCCAGGGCAAUGGCUUGCCAGGCACCGCCGGCACCAUUGCAAUCUGCCAGGCGCCCAGCUUGAACAUGGCGCGCGCACCUACUGCCUCGUUCCUGUACGAGAGUCGCUUUCCCCGCAACGCGGAGGCACUGCUCUCCACGCAGUGCAACAGCGAUGACCUCGUGCCCGCGUUUGUCGGCCAUGUUACAGUUGCCGGAGUGGCGUCGAUGGCCUUCCGCUCCAAUACGUUUGGCGUGUCGCGGAUCUGUGCCGAGUUCAACUACACGACAAACUGUUAUCAACUUCUGAACGAAGUCAAUUUCCCACUGAGAAGGGGCUCUGUUCACAGAUGCAACGCUACCAACGCCGGGACGUACACCUUGCUAUCCAGGCUGAUAGAUGACUCGCAGAACGAGGAGUCAGUGAACAUGGUUAUCAACAGAUUGCGAGCACCCGGAGCAAAUAUCACAGAUCAGCUACUCGAGAAUGCUGUUUCCGUCUUGGACAAUAUCCAGUAUCCUACACAAUCUGAAAUGGUGGCUGAAGCGGUUGUUAGUAUAGUCAAUCUGCUGGCAUCAGCACCGGAAUCAGUUCUGAGUACGGCCAGUGAAACCAACACCAGCCAGAGGUUGCUAGUUAGCCUUGAGGACUACAACGGUCGCGUGCUGAUCGCCGUCGGAAGUGAAAAGGUGUACUCGGGCAGGGCGUACUCGUCGCUGACGCGGUCCGUCGACUCCGCUGCCAUUAGCGACACACGGCUCACCUCCCACGGUGUGGAUGGGAUGCUCACGGGCGAGGGCAUCGAGGUCAGCCUGCCCGAGGGGUUGGUGAGGAGAGGUGUGGGUAAUAUCGAGGACGGGGAGGACGCUGGCUCAGUGCAGAUUCAGUUCUCCAUCUUCUCCGGCAAGGCGCUGAACUUCUUCCGAGAUCCGAAUGAAGUACGCGAUAUGAGCGCUGUUGCGGCGAUUGCUGUCGGUGCUCGGGACAUUGAUGAUGCUGCGGAUACUCCGGUCACCAUUACGUUUACUAUAUCUAGGGAUAUCCGCAAUGCUACCUGCGCAUUUUGGGACAUUGGCGCUAAUGAUGGUCUGGGUGGCUGGAGUAGCCGUGGCUGUUAUCUGAUGUCAAUAAGCAACAGCAGUAAUACUAGCGCUGGAGGUGGUGUCAAUGUUAGCUGCCAAUGUGAACAUCUCACACACUUUGCCAUUCUCUUUUCCAGCACAGCUGCCACUUCCAACACCCAACCUCUGGAGAUCAUCACAUACAUAGGUGCUGGCAUAAACGCUGUCAUCCUCAUUUUCCUUAUCGUCACCAUUGUAGCAUUCAGGAAGUUACGACGGGAGAUUCGCCUGCGCCUUCUCAUUCAGCUGUUCCUCUGCUACGUCAUCAUGGCAACCAUACUCAUGCUCUUGCCACUGGCAAACGACACGCGUGAUUCGUGCAUCGCCGCGUCGGUAUUGCUUCACUUCUUUGUCAUGGCCGCACUGGCCUGGUCCAGUGUAGAAGCGUUUCAUCUCUAUCGUACGUUGAUCACUGUCUUCGCCAAGGAGGUCCGCUUCUACUUUGCAAAGUGCUGCAUCGCUGGCUGGGGUCUGCCAGCGCUUAUAGUGUUCAUCAAUCUUGCUGUCGGUGAAUUUAAACUCGAUAACUACGUGAACGCAGAUGACAGCGGAAACCUUCCAUCGGACUACCGGUGUUUCCUAACAACAUUGCCUAACCGUAACCACUACUACUACCCGUUCAUCCUGCCAAUGUGCCUCUUCCUGGCCUUCAACGUUGCCGUGUUUGUGCGGCUGGUGUACGUGAUCCGCAAGACGCAAACCAGCGACGGCAAAGGAAUCAAGCACUGGCGGAGACAGUUGCUGACGUCAAUCAGCAUUGCCACUCUAGUCGGUCUCAACUGGUUGCUGACUAUCGGUCUGCUUGUCGACGCCGAUGGCCAUACAAACAUUGUCAGUGUCUAUAUCUUCUCCAUCGUCAUGGCGUUGUUCGGAGUGGUCAUGUUCAUCAUCCACGUUCUGUUGAGAAAGGAGAUCCGACAGGCAUGGAGUCGACAUCCUGUCUACACCGGCCUUAGAAGUCGACUCUCCACUGCUGGCUCUUUCCUCACACCGGCAACCUCCAAGGGCCGCGCCACCAGUACUUCCAGUAGCAACGGUGGUGCUAGCGGCAGCUCAAAGUCCGAUGGAGACAAGUCGGGGGCAGACAGAAGCAGCGUCAUCAACGCCAGCUCCCCUACGUCCGAGAAACCCAGCAAGGUCAUGUGGAUCGGCAUGGACGAACGGGGCAACGCCAAAAGUCCCGACUCGACUACGGUGGCGGACAACGAAACCGACGACCACAAGCUCAACUACAUGAACAGCGGCGCGAGACCUAGCGACGUCUCCAAGCCAGGUCUCCGUGGUAACAAGGAACCGCGGCGAGGCUCAGCACCGGGUGUUGUGGUUCGUGGUACGAGGUCACCACCCUCAACACUGCAAGUUCCCGGGGGCGACCGCGACAGUAGCAGCGGUGACGUUAGCCGUUUCUCUUCGACGGAGAAGCUAGUGUCCCCACACCGCUCCUCAACCAACAUCCCGACGUAAUAAACCCAUUGCGCCAUGACCUGAGUUGUACCACCAACCCCUCCCCCACACAGCCACUUGGGCAUGGCUGUGUGGGGUGUUGAACAGCGCAUUGCUGAUCCCAGCGUACGCGCAUGCAUCACUCACACUUUCCGUAGGUGGCAAUGCACGGUGGGUGUAUGCAUUGGGGACUGAACCACCUUGGGAAAGAUUGAUGCCAGCGUCUGCACUUGAGAGCCUUACGAGAACUUUGAGUAGCCAGCCAUGCUACGUGUGAGCCACUGUGUAGCCUUGCGAGAACUUUGAGUAGCCAGCCAUGCUAAGUGUGAGCCACUGUGUAGCUAGUUAGCAGAACAGCAGGUAUCCUGCAGAGAUGACAUCACAUAGGAAAAUGCUCAGAGAGAGAGCGGCCAUCCCUGCUACUGAGUACUAUGACCUGUAGCAAUCUAUCUGGGCACUAAGCUCCGGUCAGUGCAUCUAUGCGGGUACCACAUGAACCGUGACGUGUGCGAUAUGUGCCAUGUUGCGGCUGCAUGUCACAUGUGGCGUACAUUCGAUUUAUUCUCCAGCUCCUUCUUCAUUAUCAUCACAUGCAUACGUACACUUUCUUCUUCUUUCAAACUCUCUCUCUCCGAGGCUCUCUAUCUAUCCAAUCACCUAUCUCUGUCUUUCUCUUCAUAUGUUCGUUGUAACCACGUGACCUCACGCACUUUCUCAGUUCUUCACCUUGAUCAAAUCAGCGUGCUGCAUGUGCCGGCAAAUGAUACAACUAUCACAUGCCGCAAUGAUUUCUCUUCCGAUACCGAUGCUCUACUCGUCUGCAUGAGGCCCUGAGAUAAGCCUCGUCAGAUAAUGAUCACAGUACCAGCGUGGUGCCGUUGUAUGAUUACUUCAGUGCGGUGUCAUCACCAAGCCGACUUGAGUGCCGGUAUAAACUAGGCAUUGUUGUUGUUCCGACCCCGGACAUGACGCCGUGGAGGACGGUUUCACCUAAUAAUCGGUUGUGUUUAACUUUGAGAAUUGCCUUGCUGGCAUAAUUAUGACAUUUGAAGUUUUAAUAACCACACCUAGUAACUGUCACCUGUCGCUAAUGCCGCUGCAAAACGUUAUUAUGCCUUUGACACGAGUGAUGAUGAUAUAUGUACUUCUUGCACUUUAUACAAUCCAGCAGCUUCAUUGAAUUGAUGGUACUUUUACACGUAGUUUGUCAGUGAUCACCGUGUUUGCAAGUUGUAACCUACCAGCUAGUACUGAUAGGGUCACUGUCAAUGACUUUCCCUCGAACCCUGGCGGCACCCUGUGGUAUUCGGCAUGAUUUUUGUCAUAAUUAUUAUCAUGGAGGCAACCCAUUCCGCUUUCGCAAUCCUUGU